AAACUCAAUUCAUCAUCAAACUAUACUAUCAAACUCUUAUCUAAAAUCUUUGUCCAGAAAUUAUGGCUUCUGAGUUAUCAUUUUCUCUUCUUCUUCUUUUGCUUCAUUUCUUUACAUCUCCAUCUUUAGCAAAUACACCUCCAGGAUCAGUUUGCAGCUCCACUCCUGAUCCUACCUACUGCAAAUCACUACUUCCCAAUAACCACACCGCCAAUGUUUACGAUUACGGCCGGUUUUCAGUUCGUAAAUCCUUGUCGCAAUCGCGAAAAUUCUUGAAUUUAGUCGACAAAUAUCUUUCUCGACGAUCUUCCUUGUCAGUAUCGGCCAUUCGGGCUCUUGAAGAUUGCCGAUUUCUAGCUGGUUUAAACAUGGAUUUCUUGUCAACUUCUUUUUAUACUGUUAACACCACUAGUAAAAUGUUGUCAUCUUCAAAAGCUGACGAUGUUCAGACAUUUUUAAGCGCCAUUUUAACUAAUCAACAAACCUGUUUAGAAGGGCUUCAAGCUACAGCUUCAGCUUGGAGUUUAAGGAAUGGCCUUGCUGUCCCUUUGUCUAACGACACGAAGCUUUACAGUAUGUCUUUAGCUUUGUUUACUAAAGGUUGGGUUCCGAAGAACAAAAAAGGGCUGACGUGGAAGCCGACAGGUAAACAGAGAGCGUUUAGUAAUGGAAAGUUGCCGUUAAAGAUGUCUAGUAAAGCUCGUACUGUUUUUGAGACUGUGACUAGGAGAAAACUUCUGCAGACGGAUGGUCAGGACGAUGACGGUGCCGUUUUGGUGAGUGAUAUUGUGACGGUGAAUCAGAAUGGAACUGGGGAUUUUAUCUCUAUUACUGAUGCUGUUGCUGCAGCUCCUAAUAAUACUGAUGGCUCUAAUGGGUAUUAUAUGAUUUUUAUUCCUGCUGGUGUUUAUGAAGAGUAUGUUUCUAUUCCGAAGAACAAGAAAUAUUUGAUGAUCGUUGGUGCUGGUAUUAAUCAGACGGUCAUUACUGGGAAUCGUAGUGUUGUUGAUGGAUGGACUACUUUCAAUUCUGCCUCAUUUGCUGUAGUAGCACCAAACUUCGUAGCCGUGAACAUCACAUUCCGAAACACAGCCGGCGCGAUCAAGCAUCAGGCAGUAGCAUUAAGAAGCGGAGCUGAUUUCUCCACAUUCUACAGCUGCAGUUUCGAAGGGUACCAAGACACCUUAUAUACACAUUCUCUCCGCCAAUUCUACAGCGAAUGUGACAUUUACGGCACCGUAGAUUUCAUAUUCGGAAACGCAGCAGUUGUUUUCCAAAACUGCAAUUUAUAUCCUCGUCUUCCGAUGAGCGGACAAUUCAAUGCGAUCACUGCACAAGGCCGAACUGACCCUAAUCAGAAUACGGGCACUUCAAUACAUAAUUGUACAAUUAGAGCAGCUGAUGAUUUAGCUUCGAGCAAUAUGACUGUCCGGACUUAUUUGGGGAGACCAUGGAAAGAAUAUUCAAGAACUGUCUAUAUGCAAAGUUUCAUGGACAGUUUGAUAAACCCGGCCGGGUGGCAGAUAUGGAACGGAGAUUUUGCGCUAAGUACAUUAUAUUAUGCAGAGUAUAAUAAUACCGGACCGGGUUCUGAUACGACUAGCCGGGUUACUUGGGAUGGUUACCAUAUAAUCAAUGUUACUGAUGCUGCUAAUUUUACAGUGUCUGGCUUUUUGUUCGGACAAGAUUGGUUACCUAAGACAGGAGUUCCGUUCACUGCUGCAUUAUUAUGAUGCGCUACUAAUUCAUUUGAAUUUUUUUUUUCUAUUUCUCUGUUUUUUCUUUUAAGCAUCAUUUUAUAUUCUUGCUGUCAGAUAAAUGUAAUUCUUUUAGCCAAAUUGUAAAAUAAAAAGAAAUCAUUGACUUA